AAAAAAGAAAGGAUAUGACAUGACUAGUGCAACAUGAAAGGACAUCGUUUUUCUUGAAGAUUGUUCAAGAAAGUCAGGGUGAAGCGGUCGCUCCUCACCUUACACUCUCACCUUACCACCGUUGAUGCCUUUCCUCAUCCUUACCUUCUUACUCCCGUUUCUGCUGCUUGCAGAAGAGCCCUCUGCGGUAUGGGGACAGCGCAGCUCCUGUUUGCUGCAAGUGGCGCAAGUAAAUCAGAGUCAGACACUGAGACUGCAAGAGCAGGACAAGCCAAUCUACUUUCAGAGAAAUGAGAGCGAUGCUGCUGAACCGCUCGAUGUGCCCCAUUGGUGGCCUCGGACAUCACCGCGGCACUUGACGGACAAGCAGAUGGCCGGCCUACUCGGUUUUCUGCUGCUGUGCGUGAUUUUAAGCAACUUCUCACAGAGGGAGUUCUCCAUGGGCUCUUGGAUCGCUGCAAGUAUUUGCACAAAUCUGCUAAAUAAGGAGGCAGCAAGCUCGUUCUCAGCCGUUUGCUUGCUGGUGAUUUUUCAGAUGUUCAUCGCAAAUGUUGUGGUGAUCAUCAUACGCUUUGAGGAUUUGCAACUGCCAAGUCGCAGAGACUUCUUCAGGUGGUUGCCUGUCUCUUUCCUUGUCUCGGGUAUGCUGGGCACAUCCAUUUUUGCGUUGGAAGGCACCACCGUGAGCACCGUCAACAUCAUCCGCAACAUCCUGCCCAUUGUUACCUUUGUCCUGGAAAAAAUAUUCUUCAAUAGUCCAAGGGUUGUGAGGCCAGGACACAUCUUAUCAAUGGUCCUGACUCUCUUUGGCACAACUUUGUAUGGCCUGUCCAACUUUUCUGUCACCACCCGCAGUCUUAUUUUCAUUUUGCUAGGUACAGUGCUCACCGUAGUGGACAAAUUGCUACAGCGACACUUGCUGAUGAGUGAGGACUUCAAACAGCCACUGGCCGUUUGCAUGAUCAUGAACAACACCUUCGGCAUGAUGCCUUUGCUGUUGGUCGCCUUGCUCACACGAGAGACAAUCACUUGGCCUUUCAUGCUGGAAAACUCUUCCGCAGCGACCUGGGUCACGCUUGUCGGCUCUGGAAUCUCCGGCUGUUCUUUGGGCUUCUAUGGUCUCGCAGUGUCACGCCUCAUUUCAGCGGCCUCUGUUUUGAUGCUGCAGAACGUGAGCAAGGUGCUCGUGAUUGUUUUGUCCGUGGUGAUGUUGGGGGAUGAUUUGUCUGGCCUCUCUGCUGUGGGCUGCGCGCUGUCCAUUUUGGGCUCUGCUUGGUAUGGCUAUGUCGCCUUGGUUUCUGGACGCCUUGAGACUGAGGCAGAGACAGCAAGAGCCGCGUAUCCACCAGAGACGAAGCGCAAGGAGCCUCGCGUUUCUUGAUUGGCCAGAACUUCGAGUUGCAGAACAGAUUAGAGCAGAGCACUGGUGCGGCAACAGCCUUCAGAUGGCGCACUGGUUAGUUUGCAACGAUGUAAUGGUGCAAGGGUUUGCAGAGUGUGUGGUGAAUGGUAAAUCGGUCUGUUUUAGUUGGUGCAAUUAGGCAGAUAAGCUUCUUGCCUUUAUUCAACAAGUUUGCCAUACACAUGAAUGCCUCGGCCGCUUGCUGGCUCCAAGAUGCUCGGAGAACGAUCUUGGGCUGAACCUUGCAUGGUUCAAGAGCAAGACACAAACACUGUGGACCCGUGCGCGUGA